AUGAUCGGGAUCGAUCUUCAAAACAUUCUUUGUUUGUCCGCCAUUUUCACCGGUUCCGACAACGUGAUUUGUACGAAUUUUCACGAUGGCUUACAAAGGUGGACAGAAGGUGCAGAAGGUUAUGGUGCAGCCUAUCAAUCUGAUUUUCAGAUAUUUGCAAAACAGAUCUAGGAUAUCUGUGUGGUUAUAUGAGCAGACAAAUCUCAGGAUUGAGGGCUGUAUUGUGGGCUUUGAUGAGUACAUGAAUCUGGUGUUGGAUGAGGCUGAGGAAGUUCACAUGAAAACAAAAAACAGGAAAACAUUAGGUCGAAUAUUGCUGAAGGGAGAUAACAUCACCUUGAUUCAGCAAGUGCAAUGAGAGAGAAGUUUACUGAUGUCAUGUGACUGUUGAUUCAGCAAGUGUAGUGAAAGUGAAGUUUACUGCCGUCUUUUAAUUUGUGACUGUUGUAAAUAUGAAGAUUUUUUGUGUAUUUGUAGAAUUGUUAGUUUUGUUCAAACUCUGAAUAUUGUUUGAAUCGUGGAGUAUUAAGCCAUAAGGUGUUGAAUAUUAGUAAAGGUGUUAUCAUAGGAUGAGAAAAUGCAAAACUAAUGUCAACAGAUGUGUCUACAAAUGCUCACAGGAAUCUGCCGCAUUGUGACAGCAUUUUCAUUUUUCGUGAUCAUUUUAUUCAUGUUAAUUAAAUUUCAUUGGUAAGACACUAAAACAUUUCAUUUUUUUUUUUUUUUUUGUAUCUCAUGCUGUCAUUUAAAAAGACGUUAUCAUGGAAUAUUAAAUUUUAUACCUCUAA